AUGGCACCAAAGAAAGUUUCAUCCAAAGCUACCAUCGCAAGCAAAACUUACGUAAGCUCUGUCAUCACGGAGGAAAUCUGGGGCCAGCUGAUGGAAUUUCCUAAAGGCGAGAUUGUCAUCAAGGAAAACCCCUUGUUCGAGAACUCAACUUUCACGCCCGACGGACCGGAAAAAGAUUCAUCGCCAAAUGUGAUUUCUGUCAUGAUGGCGGAUGUGACGGCGGAAGCGGCCAUGGCUGAAAUGGAAAGGAAGAUUAACUUCCUGAUGAAAGCUGUCGAGGAGCGAGACACGAAUCACUGCCUGAGGACAAAAUCAGAAAUUAGGAAGAGAAAGACCAAUGGCGGGGCCUUGUUCUUGAACGUGAUUAAUUUCUCUUCCUUUCUUAUCUUCAUCGUCCUUCGUCUUCUUCUCCGACAACGACCUGAAAGUCAUCGCUCAGAUUCUUCGCCAUUAACUUCCCUACCUUCCCCUUUCCUUUUCAUUCUUCUGUACACAGUUGAUUAUGAAUUCCCACUUCUAUAUGUAUGGAGCUCCAAAUUCACUCUCCAUUGCUCUGAGCUUCCUCUGUUCACUUCCCCUGAACCCUCCUUUCUCCCUUCCGAUUCGAACCCAUACCAUAAUUCGCGAUCCAAUUCUGUUUCAGGUCGGAAAACGAUGCAUACGCCGGUUCUAUUGCUUCUCUCCAUUCUCUUUGCGACUUUCGCCGUUUCCUUGUCCGACAAGUUUCUCAUCGCCGACUCGGAGCUAUUGAAGACCCUUCGGUUUGGUUCGUCGAUUUUAUUUCCUGUCAAAGGAAAUGUUUACCCUCUAGGGCAUUUUACGGUGUUACUCAACAUUGGCAAUCCGCCGAAGGUUUUUGAACUAGAUAUUGACACUGGAAGUGAUCUCACUUGGGUUCAAUGCGAUGUUCAAUGUAUUGGUUGUACUUUGCCUCGUGAUAUGCUCUAUAGACCGCAUAAUAACGCUGUGAAUCGUGAAGAUCCGUUGUGUGUGGCGCUUUCUUCCCCAGGUAAAGCCCUUUGCAAGAACCCAAAUGAUCAAUGUGGCUACGAGGUUGAGUAUGCUGACCAUGGAUCAUCCAUUGGUGUAUUGGUCAAAGAUCUUGUUCCCAUGAGACUCACUAAUGGCAAACUCAUUACUCCCAAUUUGGGCUUUGGUUGUGGAUAUGAUCAGGACAAUGGUGAUUUGCAACCGCCUCCUUCAAUAGGUGGUGUCCUUGGCCUCAGUAGUAGUAAAGCUACAAUUGUAUCGCAGCUGAGCGACCUCGGUCUUGUAAGCAAUGUAAUUGGACACUGUCUCGCUGGACGUGGGGGAGGAUUUCUAUACCUUGGAGAAGACUUCGUGCCAUCUUCACCGAUGUCGUGGACGCCGAUGUUGCAUGAUUCAGAAGGGAAGUACUCAUCUGGACCUGCAGAGGUCUACUUUGGUGGAAGGGCUGUUGGAAUUGGGGGCCUUACCCUGACUUUUGACAGUGGAAGCUCUUACACUUAUUUCAACUCCCAAGUCUAUGGAGCAGUAGAGAAAUUGUUGAGGAAUGAUUUGAAAGGACAACCUCUAAAACUUGCACCUGAUGAUAAAACCCUUGAACUGUGCUGGAAAGGUCCAAAAGUUUUUAAAUCUUUGGUUGAUGUGAGAAACUUUUUCAAGCCCCUGGCAUUGAGCUUUAAAAACUUCAAGAAUGUUCAAUUUCAUAUACCUCCUGAAGCUUAUCUCAUAAUCAGUAAAUCUGGUAAUGUGUGCUUAGGGAUUUUGGAUGGAACCAAAGAAGGAUUGGGAAAUGUUAACCUGAUUGGAGAUAUUUCUAUGCUGAAUAAGAUUGUAGUCUAUGACAAUCAGAGACAGCAGAUUGGUUGGGCUUCAGAAAACUGCAAUAGACCUCCCAAAAAUGAAGCUUCUUGGUGAGCAAUGAAGGGCUGGUGGAGAAGAAGUUAUCAUUCAACCCUAGAUCAAGAGUUGGGGAAUUAUAUAAUAUGUUAGUGAAUAAUAAUUUUAGGUAUUUGUAUUUGAACUGAAGGGAUUACAUUCGGAUAUGAUAGUGUCUACUCUCCAUAUUUUUUUUCCCUCUUCAACAGUUGAAGAUAACGGAUUGAAUCGUCCCUCUCUAAAA